AUGUACUAUGCCAGUCAAAUUUUUGGAGUAUAUUUUGUACUAUUUCAGGCAACAAGUACAUUUUCUGCAGACUGCCUAAUAAAGACAAUAAUUUGCUGUGUCCAAAUUGGCAGAGUAUUAAAACGCUUUUUUAAAAAUUGUAUAAGCGCAUACGUGAAUUGUAUUUUUUAUACUAACAGUCUACUCUAUAUAUGUCGUGUUAUAGUCCCGAGUCUGAAAUAUUGUGCCAUGUGA